CUCCGAUGACGUACGCUGAACGCGCGCCUCGGUUCCGGCGUCGCUCCGCACACGUACAAACGCGCCGCGCCCUGCCGCGUGAGUUCGGGACGGCCUGGGAGACGCAUGGAGGUCACCGGCGGCUGUCGCCGCGCAGGUCUCGUGCUAGAGGAAAAAGGUCUGCUGAGCGGCUGUGGCAUCACCUGCUAGAAGUCUCACCUCCCUGCCCCCUGGGCAACCAUGGCCGCGCACCUGGUAAAGCGGUGCUCUUGCCUGCUGAGAGAAGCCGCCCGCCUGGCCCCUGCCCUGGCUCCGGUUGGUCAGCUGCGGUUUACGAGAGUAGCCCAUAAGACUCUGACCUCCUCAGCCACCUCCCCCAGUGCCUGCUCCCAGAGUUCCUUGAAGGAGCAGGUGGAAAAGGAGCCAGUGUUCACCCCCUACCCAGAGCAGCAGGAGAUAGACCAAUUCAUCCAGAAGGCCACCAGGCCAGAGGAGCUGCUCCAACUGCUGGGCAGGGAUCACAGCCUGCAUCGCAAUCAUGCUACCCUCAUCCUCAUUCAACUGUCUCGCCUGCUGUCUCAGAAGUCAGAGGACAAAGCCUCCAUCCUAGAGGACAGGCGGUUUCAGCAGCUUCUCCGUCUAGGCUGCAGUCAGAUAUCCUCUGUGUGGCACGGGACUCUUGUGAAGCUGUUGCGGAGCUUGUACCUGCUGAGGCUGCCUGAGAGCACUCGGGAGCUGCAGUCGGUGGAGCAGGAGGUGCGCUGGCGCCUGCGCAGGCUCAGAUACAAGCACUUGGCCUUCCUGGCAGAGUCCUGCGCAUCCAUGCAGACAGAGUCCUCGAGCAAGCUUCUGGCCGAGCUCCUGGUGCACCUGGAGAGGCGCUGGACAGAGAUCGAGGACAGCCGUAUGUUGGUGGCCAUCAUGACGAAGGCAGGCCAUCUCUCGGAGUUGCUGAUGACCCGCCUGGAAGACAAGUGCCUGGAGCUGAUGGAGCACUUCGGCCCUGAAGAGCUGCGGAAGGUGCUCACGACACUGGCAGCUCAGAGCCGGCGGUCGGUGCCCCUGCUGCGGGCUGUCUCCUACCACCUGGUGCAGAAGCCCUUCCCGCUAACCAAAGGCAUGCUUCUGGACCUGGCCUACGCCUACGGCAAACUCAGCUUCCACCAGGGCCAAGUGUGCCAGCGCCUGGCCUCUGACCUGCUGCCCCUCGUGCCCAGCCUGACACCCGGUGAGAUGGCACAGUGUGCCACGUCCUUCGCAUUCCUCAGGUGGCUCAACGUGCCCCUGUUUGAAGCCUUAGUGCAGCACCUCCUGCUCAGAGCCCCAGAUGUCACCACAGCCCACCUGUGCAGCGUCCUGCUGGCCUUCUCCCGCCUGAACUUCCAUCCACAGCAGGGGAACCAAUUCUUCAAGCUGGUACAUGAGCGGCUGGGGCCUGAGCUGGCAAGCCUGGAGCCUGCACUGCAGGUGGACGUGGUGUGGGCGCUCUGCGUGCUACAGCAGGUGCAGGAGACCGAGCUUCGGGCCAUCCUGGACCCCAGCUUCUACACACAGUUUCUCGGAGCCACGUCUCCGAAAGACCAGAGCACCUUCUUGAAGCUCAUGAACAUCAACGCCACUGCCCAGCUGGAGCACCCAGAGUACCAGGGCCCCUUCCUGCCAGCCACAGCCGUGGGCCCCACACCCUCCAGCCCUGACCAGAAGGUGACCCUUCUGCAGCAGGAGCUACGGGAGACACUGCAGGAGCUGCUAGGCAACGCCAGCCAGGGCAGCUUCAAUGUGGUCACGCAGUACGGCUGGGUGCUGGAUGCAGAGGUGCUGCUGGACACGGAUGGCCAGUUCUUGCCGCUGAAGGACUUCGCUGCACCGCACCUUGCCCAGCCAGCAGAAGGCCGCCCACUGCCCCCGGGGGCUAAGAGGCUCGCGGUCCUGCUCUGGGAGUUCCCCCACUUCAGCACCAAAAGCAGAGACCUGCUGGGUCGCUUUGUCCUGGCCAGGCGGCACUUGCAGGCUGCAGGAUUCCUGCUGGUAGAUGUCCCAUACUACGAGUGGUUGGAGCUCAAGUCUCAGUGGCAGAAAGGCGCCUACCUCAAGGACAAGAUGCGCAAAGCCAUGGCUGAGGAGCUGGCCAAGUGACAAACCCAUGCCCAGGGCUGACUCGGAGGCCAGCUCUAUGUGCUGGGUGGCAGGAGGGGGUCACUUUGGAGGACAGAUGCUCUCUGAAUAGCCCCCUGGCCAAGCCAGAGAGUGGUCAGCUGCUCCCCACGAGGGACAGUCCCAUCCCGUCUUUAUUGGUGUCGUGGCUGUCACACACACACAGGCGAAGGGGUGUUCUGGCUUCCUUCUGAGGAUCUCUCCUGUCCCACCUCUGCAUCUGUCCUCUCACCCCUGUGCCUGCAGGGUGUGGCCCUCGACUCAAGCCUCCCUAGAGAUGAGGCUGAGGCCUGAGGGUGACCUUAGUGGCCUCUAGUGAUGAGUGAUAAGAGGGCUGCAUAGACACCUGGAAAGAAAAGGCCCACUCAGCUGUCACCACCACCCAGAGCCAAACUGUCAGGGCUGUGGCUCACCCCUGAACAAUUCGGGGCCGCUGCCUUUCACCUACCUGACCCCAUCCUGUGAAGAGCAAUCUGGUCCUGGUCCUCAGGUAGUUGGUGACCCAGGCCAGGUCCCAGCCCAGUAGGAGGGGAAACCACCCCACACAGUGCAGGCUCAGGUGCUGUCUCCCGCACGCAGUAGGUGGAGUUAGAAAAUAAAGUUCAAACCUGU